AUGAGCAGCUACGGGUACCACCUGACUCCCGGAACGUCAAACUCUUGGAACAUCGAUGAUCACCAAACCGGGAUUCGAGCGUGGGGACGCACUGGCUGCGACGCCAACGGUGCCAACUGCCAAACCGGCGCUUGCAACGGGGACACGCUCUGCAACGAUGCCGGUAUCACCUCUGGCGUCAUCCUCUCCGAGUACGGAUACGGCAGCGGCGAUCUAAGUGAGCCUUGUCGAGCAGCCUUCGGACAUCGUCUUGCAUGCUGAUCCACAUUCCGUUCUUGCAGUCUACUGGAACCUGUCACGCGCGGGCGAGACGGACGCCGACCCGCCGCUCAAUGUCAACAUUCCUCUGCGAGUCUCUGGUGGAGGCACGACGCUGGACUGCAACAGCAACAGCGACUGCGCUGCCGCUUUCCAGAACCCAGAUGACAACCAGGGCAAGAUUCACACCGCUCCUCUCGGCACCACCUACGACGUCACUUUCUGCCCCUAG